UAGGAGGGCAAAAGAGAAUCCUUCUGUGAAACUGUGUUUCUCAAUCCGGCGACGAAAGGCCGAUAAACCGAAACUCCCUGCUGACGUGUACGAUCCAGAUUCAACCUCCUCUCAGGUUCUGAGCUCUCUCUCUUUCCCUCUUCGUCCUCUCCGUUUCGUUCCUCUCAAGCUCUUCCCUUUUCUCUGUCUCGCUGCUCAAUUUCUAUUCUUUAUCCCCAAUUUCGCCAUGCCUGGAGAGGAAUUGGGUUGACCUGCUUAGGAGACCACCCCGCUUGUCUCCUUCUUCUCAACCACAAUUGGAGGGAAGAGACCGCCUCGAAAGCAAUAUUAAUGGCAGAAAGUGCAUCGUCAUCAUCCCCCAAACCCCUUCAAUCCUCCUCAAACCCGAUGGACCCAACUACUGUUGCUCAAAAUCCUUCUUCAAACCCACAAAUUCAAUCACCUUCUAAUCUUUCCCAAUCUCCUUCAAUCGACCACCUUCCUCAGAUUUCUUCCCCUCCUCUUCCUCCCCUUUCCCAAAUCUCUAACCCUCAGUCCCAACAACAACAGCAACAACCACAGCUGCUUCAGCAACAACAGCAGCUUAGUCCUGCUGCUUCUGGGUUAGAUUAUCAACAGAAAUCCUUGCAGCAACAGCAACAACUUCAGCAGCAGCAGCAGCAGCAAUCCCAACCACUGAUGCAGCAAUCUCAAAAUGUGAAUGCUAAUCCAGUGUCAAAUUAUCAAAUCCAUCAAAGUCUUCAGAGAUCACCUUCAAUGUCUAGGUUGAAUCAAAUUCAACAGCAACAGCAGCCACAGUUUGGUGUCAUGAGGCAGCCAGCGGGUUUGUAUGGGCAGGUGAAUUUUGGUGGUUCGGGUCCAACACAGCUCCAGAAUCAGCAGCAGCAGCAGCAGCCGCAGCAACAAAUAGGAGGUUCAAAUUUGUCACGGUCAGCGUUAAUAGGACAGAGCGGGCAUCUGCCCAUGUUGCCGGGUGCUGCUGCUGCGCAAUUUAAUUUACUGGGCUCGCCGAGGCAGAAGAGUGGGGUGGUCCAAGGGUCACAAUUUCAUCCAGGUAAUUCUGCUGGCCAACCUCUGCAAGGAAUGCAAGCAAUGGGGAUGAUGGGUUCACUUAGUCUCAGCUCACAAUUAAGAGCCAACGGGGCCCUUGCUUAUGCUCAGCAGCAGCGGAUGAACCAGGGUCAAAUUAGGCAGCAACUAUCACAGCAAAAUUCACUCAACACAUCACAGGUUCAAGGUUUAUCCAGGACAUCGUCCCUUGCAUUUAUGAAUUCUCAAUUACCUGGGUUGUCUCAGAAUGGACAGCCAGGAAUGAUGCACAAUUCUUUAACACAGCAACAGUGGUUGAAGCAAAUGUCAGCGAUGCCUGGCGCUGGUUCUCCUUCGUUGCGUCUUCAACAUCAGAGACUAUUGCAGCAGCAGCUGGCUUCAUCAACUCAACUGCCACAAAACACUACGGGUUUGAAUCCACAGCAAUUAUCCCACUUAGUGCAGCAGCAGCAACAACAACCAAUGGGGCAGCAUCAGCUGCACCAACAGCCCCAGCAGCCCCAGCAGCAGCACCAGCACCAGCAACUAAUACAACAGCAGUCACAACAACAGUCUCCACUACAAACACCUAUUCAUCAUCAGCAGCAGCAUUCUCCGAGGAUGCCAGGACCUGCAGGCCAAAAGACACUUAGUCUAACAGGAUCACAGCCUGAUGCUACAGCAUCUGGCACAACUACACCAGGGGGCAGUUCAAGCCAAGGAACAGAAGCAACAAACCAACUGCUUGGGAAGAGAAAGAUACAGGAUUUAGUUGCGCAGGUGGAUCCGCAGGGCAAGCUGGAUCCUGAAGUUAUAGAUAUUCUUUUAGAACUUGCUGAUGAGUUCAUUGAUUCUGUGACAACACAUGGCUGCAUUUUAGCAAAGCAUAGAAAAUCAUCAACUUUGGAGUCCAAGGACUUAUUGCUACAUCUAGAGAAAAAUUGGGAUUUAACAAUUCCGGGAUAUUCAAGUGAAGAAAAGAAGCAUCAGAGCAAACCUCUAUUAAAUGACCUUCACAAGAGGCGUCUAGAUAUGGUACGUACACUGAUGGAAUCCUCACACCCUGAGCCAAGUAUGAACAGUACUAAAGAUGUGAGUAGACAGGGCCUUGCUAAUCCUGUUGGCGCCCACCAAAUGAUGAGGCCUUCAUUGAGUUCAGAGCAGUUAGUUUCUCAAUCAACUAAUUCCCAAAUGCUACAGCAGAUGACAAGAUUUUAAUUAAUCCCCCAGUUCUUGCUCUCUGUGGCAGUUUGUUUAACUGCCUGGACACGGGUCUGGAAGCAUUUGCGGUAACUGAUUGGUUUACAAGGGAAGUGUAAUUACUAAUUACUUGUUCUUUAGACACGAAAAUUAGGAUUAUAGUAAUUGACAUUAUGCCGCUUAUGUAUAUUUUUUGUUAAUCAAAUGUGGAUUCGAAAUAUUCAUUUGUUUUUGCUUUACGCCAGCACAGUGACAUGAGUUUUGCCUAAAUUUUGAUUUGAAGUAUUUGCUGUCGGGUUUAUUGAUAAUAUUAUGAUACACGAGUAUACCAAGUAUA